AUGACACGCGAGACUGAUGAAGGGGAUCACAAACCUGGUGUAAAAGUUACUAAAGGUAAAAAACGUGGGGCUGAUCAAGGAGAUAACAAAUCUGAUAUAAAAGUUUCUAAAGAAGAGGUAGCUGAUAAAUCAGAAGACUCCACUGACACAUACGGUGGUGGUCCAGAUCCACUCUAUGUAGCUGAAUUCAAGAAAUUGGGUCCAGGCAAACGUUGGAAGAAAAAUACCGCGGUGAACCAGAAGUUCAUUCUCACGUUAGAUCAAAAACGCGGACUAAAAGAAAAUGAAGAUUUGAAUAUUGGAGCAACACAUGCCAUAGCAGUUGGAAUUGACAAGCUGGUCGAAGACCUCAAAAUCCCAGAUAACUAUUGGAUGACAUUGCAAAUAGGAAGCCGUGAACCCGUAAAAGAGGGU